AAUAAUAAUAAUAAUAAUAAUAAUAAUAAUAAUAAUAAUAAUAAUAAUAAUAAUAAUAAUAAUAAUAAUAAUAAUAAUAAUAAUAAUAAUAAUAAUAAUAAUAAUAAUAAUAAUAAUAAUAAUAAUAAUAAUAAUAAUAAUAAUAAUAAUAAUAAUAAUAAUAAUAAUAAUAAUAAUAAUAAUAAUAAUAAUAAUAAUAAUAAUAAUAAUAAUAAUAAUAAUAAUAAUAAUAAUAAUAAUAAUAAUAAUAAUAAUAAUAAUAAUAAUAAUAAUAAUAAUAAUAAUAAUAAUAAUAAUAAUAAUAAUAAUAAUAAUAAUAAUAAUAAUAAUAAUAAUAAUAAUAAUAAUAAUAAUAAUAAUAAUAAUAAUAAUAAUAAUAAUAAUAAUAAUAAUAAUAAUAAUAAUAAUAAUAAUAAUAAUAAUAAUAAUAAUAAUAAUAAUAAUAAUAAUAAUAAUAAUAAUAAUAAUAAUAAUAAUAAUAAAACUAAUAAUAAUAAUAAUAAUAAUAAUAAUAAUAAUAAUAAUAAUAAUAAUAAUAAUAAUAAUAAUAAUAAUAAUAAUAAUAAUAAUAAUAAUAAUAAUAAUAAUAAUAAUAAUAAUAAUAAUAAUAAUAAUAAUAAUAAUAAUAAUAAUAAUAAUAAUAAUAAUAAUAAUAAUAAUAAUAAUAAUAAUAAUAAUAAUAAUAAUAAUAAUAAUAAUAAUAAUAAUAAUAAUAAUAAUAAUAAUAAUAAUAAUAAUAAUAAUAAUAAUAAUAAUAAUAAUAAUAAUAAUAAUAAUAAUAAUAAUAAUAAUAAUAAUAAUAAUAAUAAUAAUAAUAAUAAUAAUAAUAAUAAUAAUAAUAAUAAUAAUAAUAAUAAUAAUAAUAAUAAUAAUAAUAAUAAUAAUAAUAAUAAUAAUAAUAAUAAUAAUAAUAAUAAUAAUAAUAAUAAUAAUAAUAAUAAUAAUAAUAAUAAUAAUAAUAAUAAUAAUAAUAAUAAUAAUAAUAAUAAUAAUAAUAAUAAUAAUAAUAAUAAUAAUAAUAAUAAUAAUAAUAAUAAUAAUAAUAAUAAUAAUAAUAAUAAUAAUAAUAAUAAUAAUAAUAAUAAUAAUAAUAAUAAUAAUAAUAAUAAUAAUAAUAAUAAUAAUAAUAAUAAUAAUAAUAAUAAUAAUAAAAAUAAUAAAAAUAAUAAUAAUAAUAAAAAUAAUAAUAAUAAUAAUAAUAAUAAUAAUAAUAAUAAUAAUAAUAAUAAUAAUAAUAAUAAUAAU